UUUGUGCGCUGUAUAUAAGAGGAACAGUGACGAAUAUGGCACAAGCGGGACCGUUCAAUCGGGUUACGUCAGUCUCUCCACCACUGAAAGGUUCGUUCCCGCUUGACCAUGAAGGCACAUGCAAGCUAGAAAUGCUCAAGUACAUGUGCUGCCUUCACGAGAAGAAACAUCUAAACAGUGAAUGCCGAGAUGUAGCAAAAGCUUAUUUUCAAUGUCGGAUGGAUCAUGGGUUGAUGGAGAGAGAUGAGUGGGAUAAACUUGGUUAUGGUGAUAAAUAGCAAGUUUGCGGAAUUCAUUAGAGUUUCAUAAUUCCUACUUUUUUAUUUUUUCAAACUUUGGACUGAUUUGUAUUUCUCAUGUUUCCUUGCACAUUGGACCAUUGUACAGACUACAUAUGGGCUCUUUAGCUCAAUAAAUAUACAUUCCCGU